AUGACACUGACAUUAUGCAAUGUUCUGUGACUCUUCGAUUUUAGGUUACCUUGUCUUAACCUAAUAGUUUUCUCUUCCUUCAUCAAACAUACUUGGAGCGGUCCAGUUUGUUUUGGUAAAAAAUGGGUCGUUACGCUAGAGAGCCAGAUAAUGCCACCAAAAGCUGCAAGGCUAGAGGAUCAAACCUUAGGGUUCAUUUUAAGAACACUUGUGAAACAGCAAAUGCUAUCAGAAAGAUGCCAUUGAAACGAGCUGUUGCCUAUCUGAAGAAUGUUAUUGACCAUAAAGAAUGUGUACCAUUCAGAAGGUUCAAUGGUGGUGUUGGACGUUGUGCUCAAGCUAAACAGUUUGGAACAACUCAAGGACGUUGGCCAAAAAAAUCUGCGGAAUUUUUACUUCAGCUAUUAAGGAAUGCUGAAAGUAAUGCUGACUACAGUGGUCUUGAUGUAGAUAGACUUAAGGUGGAUCAUAUUCAGGUCAAUAGAGCUCCUUGCCUAAGAAGACGAACAUACCGUGCUCAUGGUAGAAUAAACCCAUACAUGUCUAGCCCAUGUCACAUAGAACUUUGGCUGACUGAAGGUGAGAGUAAUCCAGAGUCACCAAAGCCUGGAAAGAAAGUUCAGAAGAAAGAUUGAGUUGUUAAGACGCUUAAAAAAAUUUAAUAAAAAAUUUUGAAAA